CUAUCUACCUGAAGACCAUGACAAACAGACUUCUCAAUUGCUCAACAGAAAUAGUCGUCGACAGACGGAGAAGUGAAACAGUGUUGUUUCUGCUAUUUGAAAAAAGUUAGAAGAAGGCAAAGAUGCAAAAUAUUCAAAGAUGCGGAAGAUUAACAAAGAAAAUUGUCUCUGGCUUGCAGAAGCAUGGAAUACUGGCACGGAUGCUUUCAGGGCAGAUAAAUGCUGGUGAUCUGACUAUUGAAAAAACCACGAGCCCGAAAAUAAAGCCACGAGAAGCCGAUUUGGUUUUUGGUAAAACGAUGUCUGAUCAUAUGCUGAUUAUAAAUUGGUCAGUUGGAGAAGGAUGGGAAAAGCCACAGAUUACCCCAUAUGGCCCGUUAUCAAUACCUCCAAGCGCGUCAGUCUUACACUAUGGCUUAGAGGUUUUUGAAGGCAUGAAGGCUUACAAAGGAGAUGAAGGAGAGAUACGGCUCUUUCGUCCGAUGGAAAACAUGUCUAGAUUCCUCAAGUCAAGUAUACGUUUGAGUUUGCCUGGCUUUGACAAGGACGAAUUGCUGAAGUGUAUUUCUGAACUCAUUAAAUUGGAUCAAGAUUGGAUACCCCACUCUCAAAAGUGCUCGCUUUACAUAAGACCGACUUUAAUUAGCACAGAGGCAACUCUUGGUGUGAAGCCCCCUGCACGCGCCUGCCUAUUCGUCAUCACUGGGCCUGUUGGACCCUACUUUGCAUCCGGAACUUUCAAUCCCAUUUCCUUGCUUGCUGAUCCGAGUUUUGUUCGAGCCUGGCCUGGAGGUAUUGGCGAGUGCAAGGCUGGAGGAAAUUAUGGACCGACAAUUUUUGCUCAGCAGCUUGCGCAGAAAAAGGGAUGCUCGCAAUGUCUUUGGCUGUACAAGGAUGAAGUAACAGAAGUUGGUACAAUGAAUAUUUUCAUGUAUUGGACUAACGAAAAUGGUGAGGAAGAGCUGAUCACCCCUCCUUUGAACGGUCUGAUAUUACCUGGUGUAACACGCAAAUCAGUUCUCGAAUUAACUAGACAAUGGGACCAAUUCAAAGUAACAGAGAGGUCAUUUACGAUGCAAGAAUUAAUCAAAGGAACCAAAGAAGGACGGGUGAAAGAAGUUUUUGGCGCAGGAACUGCUUGUGUUGUAUGUCCAGUUGACAAAGUCUUAUAUAACGAUGAGUUCAUUCACCUUCCAACAAUGGAAAAUGGUCCUAAUUUGGCCAAGAAGAUUUAUGAAGAACUUACUCAAAUUCAAUAUGGAAAGAAACCUCAUGAAUGGUCUGUAGUUAUUGAUUCUGGCUUUGACAACAGAAAAAAAGAGAAAGUAACUUCAGUGGCGUGAUAGUGACUUAAUAUAUAAUAAAGGAGUGCUUAUUGGAUAUGAAAUGUAUGUAGCGCUAGGCAAACCGACAAAUUGCUAUGAGCACUGUAGCAAUAGAGAAGAUGCACCUUCGCGUGGAAAUUCAUUACAUGGGUUAGUGGGCUAGGACUUUCCCGUUGAACACUUUUGAAGGCAUUUUGAAGACCUUGUCUUCUUUUCGCAAAGUCUGUGCUUCUCUCUGUUCCCUCAAAAAUUUUUAUUAAUUUAGUCCUUGAAGUCAACUUCACAACGCUAUGCAGCAUCCGCCAUUGUGCUUCUCCUUAGCAUAACUUAGCAUAAUUAGCAUAAUGAUUCUACUUGCCACAGUGGUCAACCUGAAAAUUCUUAGAAUAAAAAAAUACAUAAUCAGUUUGAUUACUAAAUCAUUUUCGACUCAGAAUUAAAGCUUACUUAGUGCUCGCCUUUUUUAUGUUGAUGUUUUUAAAUUUAAAGUGUUUAUUUGAUACUCUGGUAGUAUUUUAUCUUAUGUAUUUAACUUAUUGGAAAAUGGUGACUAGCACGUCUACAAAAAUCAAUUCGUUCACAGAUUUAUUACAACGAGGAGUAAAAAGGCCGUACUUUAUGAGGGACAAAGUUUCACCAAUUAAAAUUCCAAACCGUAUACUUUGAACUGCAGUUGUCAGUCGCAUUGCAGUGUCAUUUUUAUAUGCGAAUCUAAUGACAUGCAGAUUUCAAAUUAUGCUCAGGAUUUUAGAUUUGUACCUCAUUUGUAUGUUGGCCUCGUAUUCAAAUUUUGACCUCCGUAGCUUUUAAAGGGUUAUUAACAAUCAAAAAGUGAAUUUAAGAGCAUUCCCCGGAAAUGACUCGACGAUUCUUCCUACAAACUUCCAUCACAGUAGAUUAAGAUAAAUAGUUUAUGUUGGGUUUCUCCUUGAAAGCACAUGCAGCCAAAAUUUUGACUUGUAAUAGUACCAUUUGUUUUUAAAAUUCAUCAUAAUAGAUUCUAAAAUGGUUUGUUUAUUCGGAAGCAGUCAUCUGUUUUUGUGUAACUAGAAAGGGGAAAUAAGCUUAGUGUCUAGACAUUCUAAGCUGUUUGAUUACGUUUAUCUAUUUCGCCGAUUGGGUUUGGUAUAAUCUCAAUGAUAAAUGAGAUAGUUAUCCAAGUAGCCUGUGAUGACCCUCCCUGUCGUGAGAAACCUAUAAAACAGUUUAGGGUUUAAACACACAAACAGAUGUCUUCUGCAAUGCUGUAUUGUUCAACACUUAAUAUAUAAUUUAAAGGUUUUUGCUUGGAGUUAGAAUUUUUGGUACAUUAACAGUAUUUAUUCAACGUUUGUUGCUCCUUUCUAUGUUUACAUUUCCUGGAUUAUUAUUUAAUAAAGAAUCAAGCUGCAA